AUGGCUCGUGCCCAAUUGGCUUCUGAGAGUGAAGGGGAGUCAGAUGAGGUUAAGCACUCCUCCAAGACCAACAGAAAUACCGCCACUGGGGAAGAAAGCAACAACGAGGAAGAAGCCCGAGAAGGUAACGGCGAAGAGGAUGAUGAGCCAGAGUACGAGAUUGAGCAGAUCUUGGACGCCAAAAAUGGCGUGUUCCCGCAGGGAAGGAUGGGGUACUUGGUUAAAUGGAAGGGUUUCAAGGAGGAAGACAACAGCUGGGUUGAUGAGGAAGAUGCCAGGAACGCACACGAUCUUAUUGAGGCAUUCUGGUCCAAGAAGUCAAAGGAGAAUAAGGGUAGGACGGCGCGCAAGUCGGAUGUAAAGCCGUCUGCAUCUGUCGGUCGUGCAGGCCGGAAGUCUAUCGUCGAUGAAAGGGUUUCCGACGACGAAUCGACCUCUACUAAGAAGCGUGGGAGAGGCAGACCACGAAAGAGCAAGGUCGACUCAGAGGAUGAAGAAGAUGAGCGCGCUAGAGUCAAGAAGAAAGCGAAGACGAACGGGUCGGCCAAGGCCAGAAAGGCAUCUACUCCUGUUGAUAAUAAUGAGAAAGAUCCAAUUGUGCCAAGCACCAUCAAGAAGUAUAGGGAUUUGACCAGCUGGGAGGACCUCGUCGCAAAAAUUGAAACUGUUGAGAAGUCGGGCGACGAUCUCAUAGUGUUUUUCAAGCUGAAAAAGAAUGCGGAGCCUUGCAAAGAGGUGUCCUCAAUUUGCAACGAAAAAUUCCCGCAGAAGAUGAUACAAUUUUACGAGUCAAAUUUGCGCUGGAAGCACAGCGAAUUAUCUGACGAAAAUGCCGGCUCCGAUCAAGCUUGA